AUGGAUGAUGCCGAUCGAAAUGCCUGGCUGCAGUCUGCCAUUCCUGCAGAUAGUGGGGAUCAGAAGGCGGAAGGCUUCCUCUCCGUGAAGGACAGUCGUACGGGAGCCAAAUACGCCUUUCCAAUCUACCGGAAUGCGGUGCAUGCCCUCAGCUUUCGACAGAUCACUGCUGAUGACCGCCAAAAUGCAAGCCAACAUUCCAAGGAAGGGCUUCGCGUCUUUGACCCUGGGUUUCGGAAUACCGCGGUGAAGGAAUCCAACAUUACUUACAUCAACGGAAAAAGUGGCUUACUAUGCUACCGAGGCCACACAAUUAAUGCACUUGAGGGGAAGACUUUCGAAGAGAUUAUCUAUCUCCUCAUCUGGGGAACACUGCCGUCUCAAGAACAACUCCAGCACCUUCAGAGAUGCAUUGCAGAGGAGUGCUUUGUCCCUCAAGUAGUUGAGACCGUUGUUACCAGCUUCCCACGGAAUUCUCCAUCAGUAGUCAUCUUUAUAGCGGCUCUCAGCGCCUUCGCCGCCGACCGACCGGACCUGCUACCCUCAUACGUAGGACGCAACCUCUAUGGGAAUGACAUGAAGCUAGUUGACGAACAGAUCGUGCGCAUCCUUGCUGUGGUUACUGUAACAGUAUCCCUGAUCGCCUGUCACAAAACUGGACGCCCCCUGAAAUCAGCAGACGUCAGCGCAAGUAUGAUCGAGAACAUUGUACACAUGGGCGGCCUUGCAGAGAAUUCGAGAGUGCCUGCCGCUACUAUUAUCGCCACGCUCCAGCGGCUAUGGAUUCUGUACGCAGACCAUGAGAUGACAUGCUCAACCGCCGCUUUCCUGCACGUGGCAUCGACCCAAGCCGAUCCAAUCUCCUCAUUUAUCGCGGCAGUCACGGCGGGGUAUGGGCCCCUACACGGCGGGGCGAUCGACACUGCCUACAAUGUCAUGCGAGAGGUCGGGACAACCGAUCAGGUCCCCGAGCUCAUUGCAAAAGUCAAACGGAAAGAGUGUCGAUUGUUUGGAUACGGACAUCGAAUCUACAAAGCGACAGACCCACGCGCAGAGGCGAUCAAGGAGAUCCUUCAUGAUCUCACUGGUGAGGUCCCUGUAAAUGAGUGGGACCCGCUCCUUAAGGUGGCAUUCGAGAUCGAUCGCAUUGCUAGCAGCGAUGAUUACUUCACUGCUCGCAAAAUUUUUGCGAAUGCCGAUCUGUAUGGUAGCUUUGUCUACACUGCACUGUAUGUCCUUUCUGUGCCCUGA